AUGACGGGCCUGGUUCGGCGUCUACCAGUGCCCAGAACUUUCGUCAAUAGUGGUUCCCAGUUCGGCUACAGCUGUUGCUUCUCCGAUUUUACCCCAGCCUGUAGGAUGGCAGAGUUCGGGUACCUCUUCGACCGCAUUCGCAUCAUCAUCCUCCUCCUCUUCUGUUUCCCGUCCGCUUUAUUCCUUGCCUCCAAGGGAACGAGAUUCGGAUCACUUGUCGGCCAGUCGUCUUCCAUCCCUCGCACGUGA